AUGGCUAUAGGAGGAGCUACAAGAUGCAAGAAUACGGGGCCGAUGAUGAAGCAAGAUGGUCGUGGUUACCAAACACGUCUGUUACUUUCCUAUGAAGCCAAAGGAGCAUGCGGAGGACAAGUUUCGAAGGGACGAGUACCAGUCGUGAAAGCACAAGAGGAUGAAGAGCCAGCGGAACAUCCAGGGCCUCGAAGAGACAAGUUGGCUAACAGUAUUUCCAAUUCUAGGCGGUUCAAGGGCUUUCCUCUGCCCGGCAAGCGCGGUCGCUCAGGAUCAGGAAGUUCAGGACGCUCAUCUCCGGCCCCAGUCGGGACAGUGUCAGCCAAAGCACGUGCCCCAGCAGCUAAAUAUCCAAAUAUACCGCUCGGAGGCAGGCGGCCUUCCAUAGGGCGCGGCGACAGGACCCCUGCCAAUGGAUGGGGAGGGAGCUUGGGGAGAGAGAUCGCUCCCCCACAGCAUCCAUAUCUACAAUCGAUCCAAGAGAGGAGGGCAAAGAGAUCACUCUCAGACUUCCCAUUUAUCCAUGGCGAGCUUGAGACUUGUGGCUGGGAGCUUAUUCCGGCAGACAGAACUUAG